UUUCCACCCCCCUGCCUGAAAACCCCGUGACAGCCACAGAAGGGUUCAGGCAGGAAAGGGCCAGCACAUCUCAAUGGGAUGAUGUCCGCUCUCAACCGGUGGGGUGCGAGGUGGAAUACCGCUGGGAAUGAAGUGCACGCUCGACAUUUGCUGCAUCUGCCGGAGAGUCAGGGUUCAGUGGCUGCCUCCCCUUCAACCAGCUGUUCCGCUUAAUCACUGCGCUUCUAACUUUUGCUUUGCAAUGCCUGAUGGCCAGUCGAGCCGAGAGAGCUAGCACGGGAUUUUUAGGACCGGCUAAAAAAACCUAUACCCUUCGUUUUCGUAUUUCUACACAGGACUGGCGAGUCACACGUUAAACAGCCAUUUAAAGACAUUUCUUUCUAACGGAUUGCCACAUUUUUGAGUCCUUGCACGCUGGAGUGCCCAGGACAAUUUCUUUUUGAUUUUCCUGCUGUGAAGCGAGGAGCAGCGUGUGCGUUGCAGCCCUGCUCGGCUGUGGGAGGCAGCCUGAAAGUGAGCCUGAGCUGGCUGGAAAGUGAUUCCAGUGCAGGCAGGGAGAGAGAAAGGAGCGGCUGUUGCAAUAGUUGAAUGAUUUGAUAGAUAACAGCAGACAUGCUUUGUGGACUGAAAAAGGAUUUGCAGUCAGACUUUGACGAUGGCCCUUACUCGAAGGGGAGCAAGGAUUCUGGUGGGAUGGACGCAGCCCUUGUCUCCAGGAGGCAAAGCAUCCCAGAGGAGUUCAGAGGGGUCACCAUCGUGGAGCUGAUUAAGAAGGAAGGAAGUACCCUUGGGUUAACCAUUUCAGGUGGCACAGACAAAGAUGGAAAGCCAAGAGUCUCCAAUCUGAGGCCGGGAGGACUGGCUGCAAGAAGUGACCAGCUGAACGUCGGAGAUUACAUCAAGUCAGUGAAUGGCAUUAACCUGACCAAGCUGCGGCAUGACGAGAUCAUAAGCCUGCUGAAAAACGUGGGCGAAAGGGUAGUGCUGGAAGUAGAGUACGAGCUUCCGCCAGCCGUGCCAGAGAGCAGUGCUGGCAUUAUUCCCAAGACCAUCGAGGUGUCCCUCUACAAGGAAGGCAACAGCUUUGGCUUCGUGCUGAGAGGGGGAGCCCAUGAAGACUGGCACAAGUCCAGACCGCUGGUGCUCACCUACGUGAGGCCGGGUGGCCCAGCAGACAGGGAAGGGUCCUUGAAAAUUGGGGACAGGCUGCUGAGCGUUGACGGGAUCCCUCUGCACAGCAUGACCCACGCUGAUGCUAUCAACAUCCUGCGGCAGUGCAGCCAGGAGGCACUCUUCCAGAUCGAAUAUGAUGUGACUAUCAUGGAUACUGUAGCAAAUGCUUCAGGUCCUUUACUAGUUGAAAUAGCAAAGACUCCGGGCUCUACACUAGGAAUCACACUGACAACAACCACGCACCGGAACAAGCAGGUCAUUGUCAUCGACAAGAUCAAGCCAGCCAGCGUGGUGGACAGAUGUGGUGCGUUGCAUGUUGGUGACCAUAUUCUCUCCAUUGAUGGCACAAGCACAGAGCACUGCUCCUUAUUAGAGGCAACUCAGCUUUUAGCUGCCACUUCGGAAAAUGUCAAGCUAGAGAUAUUACCUGUUCACCAAAGCAGGCUGCCUUUGAAGCCUCCAGAAACAGUCAAGGUGCAGAAGAGUGACCACCACCACUGCUGGGACCCCUGUGUCAACUACUGUCACACUCACCACCCCGGGCACUGCAAGACACCCACCUGGAACCAGACGUCUGGACAGGAUUACUGCAAAUCUCUGGUGGCUGCCAACUUCUCGUCUCCUACCAUGAAUGCGCAGGGCUUCCCCUGCCAGAACUCGAACACGCUACCUCGCAGCUCCCACCCCAUGAGCCCCCGCACCACCAUGCUGAGGAGAAGGCAGAAGAAGAAGGAGCACAAGAGCUCAUUGUCGCUGGCCUCCAGCACGGUGGGUCCUGGUGGGCAGAUAGUCCACACGGAGACGACAGAGGUGGUGCUCAGGGGAGACCCUUUGAAUGGCUUCGGACUUCAGCUCCAGGGAGGCAUCUUUGCUACCGAAACCCUCUCUUCCCCACCUCUCGUCCGUUUUAUUGAGCCUGACAGCCCGGCAGAGAGGUGUGGGCUGCUGCAAGUAGGAGACAGAGUCCUUUCUAUCAACGGCAUUGCAACUGAGGAUGGGACUAUGGAGGAAGCUAAUCAGCUUUUGCGUGAUGCUGCACUCACAAACAAAGUGGUGCUCGAGAUUGAAUUUGAUGUCGCAGAGUCUGUCAUACCCAGCAGCGGUACUUUCCACGUUAAAUUGCCCAAGAAAAGAGGUGUAGAGCUUGGAAUUACAAUCAGCUCUGCAAGCAGAAAGCCUGGGGAACCUUUGAUCAUCUCUGACAUCAAGAAGGGGAGCGUAGCACAUAGAACUGGCACCUUGGAGCCGGGAGACAAGCUGUUAGCCAUUGAUAACAUCCGACUCGACAAUUGCUCAAUGGAGGAUGCUGUGCAGAUUUUAAGGCAGUGUGAAGACCUGGUCAAAUUGAAGAUUAGGAAGGAUGAAGAUAACUCUGAUGAGCAGGAGACGACCGGUGCUAUUAUCUACACAGUGGAACUGAAGCGAUAUGGCGGUCCCUUGGGAAUAACCAUCUCCGGGACGGAGGAACCUUUCGAUCCUAUCGUCAUUUCAGGCUUGACUAAACGAGGGCUGGCAGAAAGAACUGGAGCCAUCCACAUCGGUGACCGGAUAUUAGCGAUUAAUAACGUGAGCCUCAAGGGCAAACCGCUGAGCGAAGCCAUUCACCUGCUGCAGAUGGCAGGAGAGACGGUCACUCUGAAGAUCAAGAAGCAGACAGAGAAAUCCUAUCCCAAGAAGUCGGGGAGUAUAAACGAAGUGAGUGACCCAGAAGAUGAACUGACUGACUCCCAGAAAACUAGCAAGCUGUCUGAGAUAUACUCCACCACAAUUCCUAGCGUGGACAGUGCUAUGGAAUCCUGGGAUGGCUCUGGCAUUGAUGCCGGGUAUGGAAGCCAAGGUACGUACAUACCUCAGGCUGCGGGCAUAGCCCUCCAUCCACAUGAAUGGAGACACAGCAGGCAAAAGACUAGCACCCCUCCAGGGGACCCCAGAAAAAACUACCCCUACAUGGAUGGAAGCUUCAGUGAAGAUGACUGGGACAAGCCCAGCAGAUACCCCAACCGCCAAAAUGGCCUUGAGACCACUCACGAGGAUAGUUUUUGGCGUGUUUUUGGAGAAGCUUUGGAGGAUUUGGAAACAUGCGGCCAGUCUGAACUUUUGAGGGAGAUUGAGGCAUCCAUCAUGACAGGGAGCGUGCACAACCUGGGCCUAGAAGGCAGCAAGCUGCUCCUGGACUCCGUCAACCCAUCGGGACUGAGCCCAUUGAGGAAAGCUAACUCCAGCUGUGAUGACGGACAGACGGAGGGCAGCAGCUCCCCUGCCAAGAAGAACGAGAGGAACCUGGACAUGAAGAAGAUUGAGAAGGAGAUGCAGGAAAUCAUGUCCCCUACCCCCCUCGAGUUUCACAAGAUGACACUCCACAAAGACCCAGAGAGCGAAGACUUUGGAUUCAGUGUGUCGGAUGGCCUGUUAGAAAAAGGUGUCUAUGUAAAUAUGGUCCGUCCGGAUGGGCCAGCAGAUCAGUGUGGCCUCAAGCCAUAUGACAGAGUGCUUCAGGUAAACCGCAUCCGAACGAGAGACUUUGACUGCUGUCUGGCUGUUCCCCUGAUUUCGGAGGCUGGAGAAAAGCUGGACCUGGUGAUUAGCCGGAACCCCUUGGCACUGGCUGCCAACGCUCCCCCGGAGGGGAACAGAGAGCUGCCGGCGCAGGUGGCCCGCGGCGCCGAGGUCAAGGCGAGCGUCCAGACGCUCUGAGCAGCAGGAGCAGAGCAGAUGGUGCCCGGGGCCUCUGCUGAGCCGUUGCGGUAUUUGGGGUGUUUUUCCUGGUUUUUGCACUGGCAUUUGUAAACGCUGUGUGUACCAUAACCUGCAAGUGGGGAGGUGGGUCUUCAGUGAGCCUGUAGACCACCGAAUGUUGCUGGGAAGGUCAGUGCUGGAUGCGCAUCUCGGGCCGUGGGCAGCGCCGGUGAUGGGGCGAGCUGCCAACGGGAGGAAGGAGCAUCCGCAGCCAUCCCCCGUGGCAGGGCAUCCCCUGGCACCCCAGCCGUCGGGGUGCGCAGGGUCCUGCCUCCGACAUCCUCCUCAGCCUGAAGGCCUUGGCCAUCUUAUAAACACACAUGGUGCUAUUAUGUUUCUUGUUUGCUUGGUUAAUCGCAUACAGCAAGACUGAAACACUUUUCCUUUUCUGUUGUGCCCAGCUCCAUCCUUUAAACACUCCUGAUAAAUCAAUUUCCACAGCUCCUUGCACUCCUGGUGCAGGACUGUGGAGAGCCCUGUUUAAAAGACAUUUCAAAACAUGCUUGAGAGUGGCUAGAUGCAAUUCUUGUUCAAAAAUUGGCAUUUGCAGAUGCCUCCUGCCAGCCCUGUCCGCAGUCCCCGCCAGGGCUGACUUGCCCUGCGGUGGGAUGAGGCACCUUGUCUCGCCAUCGAUUCCUGUGAUCGAUGUGGUUACCUGUGCUGGAGUAGUUAUUUCAGAGCAGAAGUACCCAAGGCUAAAGGCCUUGAAUACCUGCCCAAAUCCCCAGCCACCUUGUUUGUCUGGGCUUUAUGGAGAUCUCUUGCUUGCAAACCCGUCCUGUGCCCGCAAGUAAAUAGCAGAAUAGUGAUCUUCCCAGGGCUGUCCCUGAUGUUUUGAAUUAAUAAAACCUUGUUGUCUCCCGUCAGGCAGUGGCAUGAGAAGCCCUUUGUUAGAUGGAGGUUGUGUCCCCUGUGUCCUGCAUGGGCUGGGUGGUGUGUGUGCCCAUGCGGGUUCGGCUGCUCGCCCCCCGUCCGCCCACCUUCGCCUGUCGCUGGCCUCUCCGUGGCUUUGCAAGCAUGAUGCCCUGUGGUCGGUCCCCUCCCUCGCGACAGCCUCUAGCCCUGUGGGGAAGAGGGGCUGUGAUGUUUGCAUUGGUUUCCUCAUCUGCCUGCCACGUUUCACGUAUUAGCACUUUAUGAUGAUGUUCGUGUCCCGGUGGUGGCGUGAGCCUGGCGUCGCGUUCCGCGGGAAGGCUCGGGCUUGGCGGAGACGAGGAGCUCGCUCGGUCAGACACCGCAUCCCCGGUGCCCGCCGCCCCCAUUUCCCACUCACCCUUUUGGUUCCUCCAUCACCGCCGGUGUGCCGGUGGUGCGCGUAGGGCGUGGGAUGGGUGUACAGCACGUGUUCGUUGCUUUGCUGAGCCAGGACUCGUCCCCCCGCCCCGUGUGUCCCUGAGCCACUUUGUGACUCUGUCCCUCCGUGAUAGCACAAUGUAUCAGGGUGUUUCUUCCAGACGCGUGCCCGGCCCCAUCCAGCUAUUUGUCGUUGUAGCCAUUUUCUCUUCGAGUAUGCAAUAUCCCAUACCAUUGCUGCCACAACUAGAUAAUGUGCCAUAAUUGAUACUGUGGAGCAUUGACAGUGCAGCCGAAAGUGUUUUUAUAUGCAAUAUUCUGAGCAGUGGAAGCUCACUGGGGCUUCUCAUAGGUUUUUAAUGAAGACUUUUAUUAAAGGAUUUAAAAAAAAAAAAGGAAGAAAAACUUGGUCCUUGUAUCCCUUCCUAUGCAUUUUGAAUGAUAUGAAGAUGAAAUGCAUUACUUAAAUGUGUAUUUUUAUCCAUAUAUUAGAGUGUAUUCCUUGUAAAGUAUUUUUAUAUGCUAAUUUUCUUAUGUAUCUAUGAAAGCACAAUAUUUAAAAGUACAGCAUUUCAAAGAAUAUUUUAGUCCUGUUUUGGACCUAUUUGUAAAUCUCUGUAUUUAAAUGGGAUUGCAAUGAC